AUGAGUAAUUGCAGCAGUCGUGCACUGACCCUACUCAGUAGUGUCUUUGGAGCGUGUGGUCUCCUUCUUGUCGGCAUAGCCGUUAGCACUGAUUACUGGCUGUACAUGGAAGAAGGAAUCGUUCUACCUCAGAAUCAAACUACUGAAGUCAAGAUGGCAUUACAUGCAGGACUCUGGAGGGUGUGCUUUGUAGCUGGUAAAGACAAAGGUCGGUGUGUCGCUUCUGAAUUUUUCCAUGGUCCAGAUACGGAUGCUGUGACAGAAAAUACUGCAAACAUACUGAAGACUAUCCGCAGUGCAACCCCAUUUCCUAUGGUUAGCCUUUUUCUUGUGUUUACGGCCUUUGUCAUCAGCAACAUUGGGCAUAUCCGACCACAGAGGACCAUACUAGCAUUUGUUUCUGGAAUUUUCUUCAUACUUUCUGGCCUUUCCCUAAUUGUAGGCUUGGUUUUAUAUAUCUCAAGUAUUAAUGAUGAAGUCAUGAACCGGCCCAGCAGCUCUGAACAGUACUUCCACUACCGAUAUGGCUGGUCCUUUGCUUUUGCAGCCUCAUCGUUUCUCCUUAAAGAGGGUGCAGGUGUCAUGUCAGUAUAUCUGUUCACAAAGCGGUAUGCCGAGGAAGAGAUGUAUCGUCCUCAUCCAGCUUUCUAUCGCCCCCGACUCAGCGACUGUUCAGACUACUCAGGCCAGUUUCUCCACCCCGAGGUGUGGCACCGUGGCCGAAGUCCAUCUGACAUUUCCAGUGAUGUCUCAAUCCAGAUGACCCAGAACUAUCCACCAGCCAUCAAGUACCCAGACCACAUACACAUAUCAACAUCCCCCUGCUAA